UUGACGAGGGUGGUUUUGCAAAGGAUGCAAUUUUUUUCAUUUCCGUACGCAUUCUUGAAAAUGAGGUGAAAACUAAUUAAUUUCUGUUCAUUUAAUCAGAACUAAUUCACUUUUGAUAAUAAAUAGUAAAAAAAUCCGAGUAAAAGUCACGCAUCACACGGAGUUUUCAAUUGAAUGAAUCGUGGAAACAAGGGUGUGGAGUUUUUUUUUUGUUACUUUACACUCGAUUCAAUUACGCAGCAAUUGAUAAAAGAUUUGUUACAUAUUUAUAUUUAAAAAGUUUUAGAAACAUCCAUUAAUAGAGAGAAACAGUGUACAAUUUCAAAGUGGACAUAAAAUUCGUUGUAUUCGAUAAAAAUAAGUAGUUAAAUUCGACUCAAGACAUGUUACGUAACAUAUAGAUUGAUUUGAGGGAAAAGCUGAUGAAAAAAUGACGGGCAGUUUUAAGAUUCAGUUGAUUAAUAUGGGCACACGGGCUGCAGCUUUUCAAGCCAAGCUCCGUUGUUUGCAUGACUACCAUUUGAGAUUGUUACAUAAUGUGUUGCCUGCACCGUCCGGCGUUGAUAUCGCCAACACCAUCAAGUAUUUUUCGCAAACAUUUUUGACCGUUUUGAAAGAUGUCCCAAAUUCUCCGCAUCAAAUGAUACAGGAUCCUUCACAGGAUCACAUACGCAUGUCUGCCUAUCCAAAUCUGGAGUAUGGAAAUCUCUACAAUGCACUUGCAAUGCUCUUAGACGUUGCACCAAACAUUCAAUUUGGGCUGAAUGUAUUUGGAAAAGCGGUUCUACAAUGUUUGGGAUGUAUUUUGCCAUUUCUUGAUAAGGAUCUCAUUGAUAAUAUUCCGUAUUUAGUGGCAUCGGCCAUUUCCGUAUUGCCAAUAUCUUUGCACCAAGAGAUCAUAAACUCACUUUGUUUCUACAUUUUACCAUUCACAAUAACAAGACAGGGCAGUUACGAUGACCAAGAAUGCCAUUCAUGUCAAUCAGUUUCGGCUGUCAUCAUGAUGGUUUUUCAAUACUCCAAUAAUCCAGCGCAUCAUUGUCAAUUAUUGGAAUGCCUUAUGGCAAACAAAAAAAAUGUUGUCAAAGAUAUUCUCUGUGUUAUCGCUUAUGGUACAGCUCUGUCCCGAUCAUCCGCUGCGAAACUUUUAUUUUAUUAUUGGCCUGCAUUCAAUGCAAAUCUAUUUGAUCGACGCGGACUUUUAUUCAAAUUCUCAAACGACCUAAUACCGUUUGUGUGCCAGCGUGAAAGUUGUCCAAAUUCCGGCAAUGCUGAGGCAACCAAGGUCUGUUACGAUCAUAAUAUUAGUAUAACAUAUGCGCCAGACUCACCACCACCACUGUAUCUUUGUAUCGAAUGCGCUAAUGAUAUCCAUCGCGAAAAUCCCAAUCAAUUAUUCGGUGAUAUUUUGCAUCCGAUGGCUCAAGUGUCAAUGAUAUGCGAAAAUAAGAAUUGUCGUUCAACGGACAAAUCAGCAAUUUCAAUUUGUUUUAGUACUGAAUGUGCCAGUUACAAUGGAAACCAUCCGAUUCGUUAUUGUACUCAAUGCCAUAAUAAUCGUCAUAACAGUCGUCGAGGUGGCGACCAUAUUGUACACAAAAGUUUAUCAUCUGCUUGGCAAAUGGAACCAGAAAUGCAAACCUAUAUGGUUGAAGCAGUGAUCAGUUUAUUGCGUGAAGCAAAACCAUUGAAUUUUGAACCGGGACGAGAUGCAAGCGAUACACGUACAACAUUCCCAUAUCAUGGGCCACCUGAUAAUAUUUCGCUUGAAGAACGUCAAUUGCUCGGCCGAUAUGGUAUUUGGUUGCUUGUUGGACGUUGUACACCCACUCAAGAAACGCCAGUUGAAAUACUUGGCCGUUUAUUGUCGAUGCUCUUUCAUUGGUUCCAUGUAACAGCGUACUCAAGCGAUGGCGAAAUUGAGAGUACCAUUGAAAAAUUGAAGGUUGAACAUGUAUGCGGUUGGUUGAAAGACAUUUGCAAAAGUCAUUACAAAGAGUUUAUUUCAUGUUUAUUGCCACAUCCACCAGAGUAUGCACGUAAUGGCGGACAUUGGGAUUCGCUGGCCUCAAGAACAAGUCAUUUGAGAGAGGGGUUACAACGCUUGAUUUGUUUAGUUCCAUAUGAAGUAAUUUCCGCAUCCGAAAUUUGGGAUGUUGUAAUGCCAUACUGGAUGGAAGCGAUUACAAAUGAUGUACCCGAAAAAGAACUGCACGAAUUAAAAGUUGUUUUGAGUAAAAUACUUGAUCCUGAAAUGUCUCCAUUGGGAUUCGAUGCGAAAACAAUGUACAAUUUCAUUUCGAUUCGAUUUGAAAAGACAACCGCUAAGGUGCAACAACAAGCACUACAUUGGCUUCAAGUGAUCAGCAAACUUGAGAUUCUAAUACCAUUAUCGCAAUUGUUUCGUAUGUUUGGAAACGGUGUACGUAUCAUGAAACAUGGCACCAAAUCGAAAGAGAAAGAAGAUGAAAGAACACAAUCAAAAGACAGUGAAUGUGUUACACCGCGUCGAAGCUCAAUUUCUCCAGUUGUUGAAGAUGAAUCAAGUCAUACGUCGGCCAUGUCCGAUGAAGAAGCGCCAGCUUCAAAAAAUGCCGAUUUCUCAACCGAUUCCGAACAUAAUCUGACAUGUUGUAUUUUUAUGUUGGACAUUUUAUUGAAGCAAAUGGAAUUGCAAGAUGUUGAACAGCACACGGGCAUUCACACGCAAGUCUGUGAAAAUGUGUGUCGUUUGUUAAAAUGUAUGGUGACUGCAGUUGGUGUGGGUAAUCAUAUAUGCGCCAUGAAAGUAAAACAGAUGUCCGAAUGUGCUUUCUGUGAAGCGUCCGUAAUGUGGCAUCAAUUGUCCACUAAAUUGGUUCAAUUUAUUGCACCAGAGAAUCCAGUUAGACCACCCGAUCCACCGGUGGAAGAGGUGAUCGAAGAUGAAAAACCAUCACGCAAAUCUCCGCCCGAUUCAGAUAAAUCUAGAGAUCGUGAUGUAUCUCUAUCAAUGGCACCACUGCCAAUACCACUUCCUCUCGGCUUUGGUGAUAUGUGGAGAAUGCCAAGUAUCUUAGACGAUCCGGGGAAAAUAAUUAUUAUGGCAGGUCCAGUACCAAUUGCUAUAAAUCCUGUUCAACAACCUGAACCACAUUCGGUUGGAGGAGUUCUCGUCCACAUGCCACAUGUUUGUUCUAUGUCUGAGCGCGGCCGUAGUGAAACUGAGAUAGCGCGAUUUAUUCAUGCUACAGACGAGAUAAUGACGGCAACCGUUGAAACUGUGGCAGAACAAUUGGAUUUGGCUGCCAUCAUGCCAACCGAAAAAGUAUUACCAGCUGCUGUUGCACGAUCUGUCACACUUACGGAAACUGAAACAGCAUCUGCAACAGCGCAUGUAGCAAAGCCACAACUGAUGACGGCCAAAGCUGAAAGUGAAACAUUCGAUAUAGUCGAUCACAAUGAAAACGCUGACGAUGACUCCGAUAUAGAUGGUGACGAUUUUUGGUAUACAUCAGUUGGAAAAUUUAAAAUAACUCUGGACGCAUUGCCGCAAUCAUUGCAAUAUAUUCAUCAAUUGUUGGUCGAAUUGCCGAACAUCGAAAAACCAGACAUUUUAUACUUUAUGUUACAAUGUUUGAAUGUAUUGGCAUUGCAUGGUGAUGCCCUGAGCGACGCAUCACGUGAUCACCGUGGAUUUUUCAUUUGGUGUCAAGAAAAUCUGUUGAUUAAAAGUUUAUGGAAUUUGUGUAAUGCAGAACAUUCGCACAUUGCUUCUGUUUGUGUUCCGUUGCUGUUACAUUGCAUCACCUUGCCAUUGGGAUCAGAUGUAUUUUGGCGCAUUGUACAGGAGGAAUUUCAUGAUCAUGAUUGGCGUAUACGAUUUUCAGCGGUUGAACGUGUGACGGUCAUAACUCGAUUCAUGGACUCGACGCCAAUUCGCAGUGAAGUUGGCCUACAAACGGCACUUGCAACCGCUUUCUGCUAUUUGAUUGCUUCGAUGGAUGACAUUAGUGUUUAUGUGGCUCAACGGGCCACAUUGUAUUUGGGGACGAUCCAUGACUCUGCGAUAAAUUCUCUGUUAUUUUGUCUAGAGUCACAAUUUGAUUUAUUUAUCGUUGAUCGUCCGGUUGUUUUGCAAUCGUUAUAUCAAUUGCACAAUUCACUGUCAGAUCGUCGCGUUUUAGGAUGGGAUUUCUUUUUGAAUCGCUUCGAUACAUUAUUUGUUGAGGCUCAAAUCAGUUUGGAAAAAACUGGCGACAUUCCAUAUUUGCGCGAUUUGAAAAACUCCGAAACUGGCAGUGAUGCGCUUUUAACGAAAAUAAGCAAAGCACGUGAAGCACUCAGCCAAUCAGAUACUACAUGUAGUAUGGCUAAAACGUUGAGUGCAUCAUUCGGCACGAAGUGGCCAUAUAAACGUACUAUGUCAGCUCCAGCAAGCAUCAUACCACCGCGACAGGAUUCAAAAAUUGAGAAAGUGUACAAUCGCCAAAUUUCAGCGCCGAUACUGAAACGGAAGAGUAGCCGCUUCGGAUUGGGUCAGUUUUUAUCGGGUUCAAGUAAUGCUUAUACUGCUAAUGUAGCUUCUGCUAAUGUUGGUCAUGGUAGCACCCCCCAUACGCAUUCACAAGUUCAUCAUCAUCAUUUACAUCACUUGCAUCAUCCUAUGCACAUGACACAGACCACGUCAACGGGUGGUGGCACAACAACACCCACCACACCAAAUAUCCUGAGUGAAAAACAGUACCAAUGUGGUCCUACAUUUUCCAAUAAUAUGGGGGGUCAAGAUUUCCACGUUCAUUCAUUUGGUGGACCGGCAGAAGAUCCGUACAUCACAAAUUGCUUAUACCGCAUCAUUGACAUUGAGGAAUCGGACAAGGAAACGAUGCACUUAUUGGUGUUUCUAAUCAUGCAAUUUAUGUCACGUUCGGAUCAAGCCUAUCCAACGGAAGAGAAGCCAACAUCUCGAAUGCAGCUGAUUGUUAUGCGACAUUUGUAUUUAUUGCUUGGAUACAGUCCAAUCGAUAAACUAUUUCAUAUAACACCACAGCGAAUUCGAACAUCGUCAGUUUUCAAUGCAUUUUUAUCAAAUUUGCCACAAAUGCUCGAUCAAAAUCAUUUGAUGGGCGCCAGUAUCUUGGAAGCGGUUUUGCACACACUGCUCUAUUGUCCGAGUAACUCUACGGUGGCAAGUGUGAAUUCAGAGUCAAGUCACAAUAUUAUUUAUUCGUAUUCGCUAUGGCGUUUAGAAUCACAUAUUCGUCGACAUUGGCUUAUGGCAGUUGAAGUCAUCAUGUACAAGUAUGAAUACACACAGCCGAUGUACAGUCAGAAUGUUCAUCAUUUGAUUCGAAUCGUAUUGAAUUCACUGGAGGCACAAUUUCAUCGUUGCAAACGAAUACCGGCUACGGUAAUAAUGGAAAUGCCCACACGAUCACGAGAUAUGAGUCAACCAUCGCUGAAUGGAAUGGGCGAUCGUGAUGAACGCGAUCGAGAUGAGCCAACACCGCCAAUAAGCCCAUUUAUCGGUUCGGAAGGAACAAGCGGAACGGCCAAAGGAAAAACACUUCAUACGCAAAAGUCAAGCCAAAGUUUUAGUAGAAAAUAUCAAGAUUCAAGCUUAGAAGCUGAUGAUACGGAAUCCGAAUUGGUUGCAAUACCCGAAAGUGAUUUAUCCGAGAGUACACUGCAUAACAGCGUUCCCGGUUCAUUCGACGAUGGAUCUCAUUUCGAUGAAAUGGCACAUUCAUCGACCAAAAGUGAUCAAAUCAAAGGAAAAGUUACAACGGCCAACAUUUCAACGGCACAAGUUGCACUGUCCACGUUAAGUGUCGUUGAACCAAAAGAGGAAAAAGAGAAAGAAACAAAAAAGACAUCACGCUUAUUCAUGAAAUUGAAUAGUUUGGAUAAACAUUCAAAACAAUCAAGCGCUGAUUCAUCGAAAACUGUAACAAGCAAGUGCAGCGUACAAGAAGGUGUGCGCAUGAUGGUUUGUCCCUCCAUUUUUAUGACGCCACAAGGUCCAAUUGAAACAGCUCCAAUAAAUCAACCGAUAAAUGUACAAAAAUCGGUUGUUAUCACACAAGAUGGCAAAGCGAGACGAGAUACUGAAUCGAAAACUGAUACAAAAGACUCGAAAGACACUUCAGAAGUUGAUAGCUCGAAGAGUGCAAUCGGUUCAUUGAUUACAGAAGCAUCAGCAUCAGUUGCCAAACAAAUUGCAAUGAGUUCAGCCAAUACAACAAAUCUAAAUUGGGUGGAGCAAAAAACAAUUUCACCAACUCCACGAACAUUAGGACGACAGAAACGUGUGAUUGAACCAAGCGUAACACCAUCAACCACACCAGUAUCAGUUUCAGGCGAAGAUGUUAAAUCUCGACCCAUGCUCAAAACGUUCGACAAAAUCGCUGAAAUUGGAUCGCCCGAAUCACCUUUAUCAAAAAUGAACAUCAUGCCAAAUCCAUUGCCAAACACUUCACAGACACAAGAAAAUUUUGACUUAUUAUCACCAAAAAGCGUUAGCCAAUUGGAAUUUCCGACGCCAGAACGUUUAUUGCCGAUCGGCCAACAUGCCAAAGAUACGCUUGCCGAUAAAGUUCGUGAAGUUCUUUCCAUAAGCGAAAUAAGUCAUUUAAAACAAGAGAGUUCAUUCGAAAAAUCAGAGAGUACCGGAAACGACAUUACACAUAGCAGCCAAGCGAAUUCACCGCGACGUUUGAUGAAACAAUCGGCAUUUGAGUCGCCAUCAAGUGAGGCUCAAUCGUCAAAUGCAUUAGCCAGUGGUAACUGCUGUGGUACACCAUUCGCUACAGCAGCCGGAAAAGAUUCAAUAUUAUCACAGCGACGUUUGCGAAAAACCGGGCCGUUCGUAGUCCACUCACAAUCAAUUCCAGAUAGUCGAAUCAAGUAUGCUGGAUCAUGGGCGCCACCACAAUACGAGUCCGAUUCAGAAAAUAAUAACACAUCUGCACACCCAACAACAGCAACCAGCGGACAGAAACAACAAAUUCCACAAACGACUCCAAAUAAAGAGGAUAAAAUAUGUAAUCGUUGUCAAGAAUGUGGUACUGAAAUAGAAGAGUACAGCGACGAAGAGAUUGGAAUAAUGAUUACAAUUUUGAAUACAUUCAUUCAUCGAGAGCCUCGACUUGCCGCCUCUUUCUUACCAGAAAUCCUUGUCAUCUCUUGCAAAUAUGCUAGUCACGUGAAAUUUCCGUGGCAAUAUGAGAUUCCUGGUAAUUCGCAAUCAGUUGCGCAUCAAUUUAUUCGUUGUGUGCUUCAUCAACUUGCACCGAAUGGCAUUUUUGUGCAAAUGUUUUUGACUCAAAUGAAAGAACGUCAACGUAAAAAGUAUUUUAAAAGCAUUGCCCGUGCAUUGAUGGAUUUUAACGAAUUAAAUCCGAUGAGCCCAAUUCUGUUACUUGUUGAAUCAUUGAAUUCAAAGAAAACAUUGCCGAUGGACACAUUGCCCGCUACUCUUCGUAACAUGGGCGAAUAUUUGAGUUGUAUUCCAACUGAUGCUGGAAUCCUAACCAAAGAUUGGGCACUAGCCUAUGAACGUAUAGAUACAUUAUUCAAACGUUUGGUAUUAAUAUUGAACAAUUUGAUUAGUCCGGACUAUUUGCUGAAUACAAUUGUGGCCGUUUUGAAAAUUCCAGCUAUGCAGAAGGGUAUAUUGGAUCCAUUCUGCAAGGUGAUCAGUCAUUGUGUUCAACAUGCGACGCUUCAAUACAAAGUUUUGAAUGAUAUUUGUCAUUUGAGUGCACGUGCAUUUUCAAAAGAGCGUGACAAGCAUCAAUUGUGUAGACAAUUCAUGUUCGAAUUAGUUCAGGCGUUAAAAUUCAAAACUAACAUUCCCGACGGAAAUCUAUUGCUAUUGGUCGGUUUUUUAUUGGAGGAUGCCGGAGGCUGUUUACCAAAGGGAAUUAUUGCCGAUUUGCCAGAACAACCGCCGGCUUAUACAACAAAUGCAACCGAAUGUAUGCGUCAGUAUCUGAAUGAUAGCUUUGACUUUUUGGCCGAUUUUCAUACAUUAAACAAAAUCAAGAAUUUCAAGAGUUCAAAUGAUCUGAAUGAAGACACGCUGGGCGGAGUAUUAAAGGGAGCAAUCGCACAAUAUUUGGCGUUGGAAAUGUCUCGUAACAAUUCAAGAGAUAAUAAACCAGUCGCAAGAUAUUUGCCAUGGCUAUAUAAUGCACCGUCAUCAAUCCAACAAGGACCGAAAGAAUUUUCCGAAUGCAUCAGUCAUAUGCGGUUACUUUCGUGGUUAUUAUUAGGAGCACUCACUCAUCAUGCAUUGAUGUCAAAGAAAGCGGGUAAUAUUGGCCAACAUGGAGCUUCCGUUCACUAUCACAUGCAAUGCCAUACUGUCGCCCAGCCAAUACCACAAGAGGCCAGUUGUCAUAUUGCCGAUCAUAUUCAAGUGGUUUUUGCUGGUUUUGUCGAACAAUCGAGAAUGGCAACAUCGGUUCUUCAUAUGUCAUCACUAUUUCAUGCUUUCACUUUGUGUCAAUUGUGGUCCGUUUAUUUGGAGCAAAUCUCUUAUCUAAAUGCACCAUCAUCAGAUUCGCAAAACAUUACCAUGAGCAUAUUGAUUGAAUUCUGGGGAAAAGUAACGCCGUGCAUUUUAUCAUUGGUAUCAUCAUCGAAAAUGAUGUCAGAAAUGGUGAAUUUACAUUUCAUCAACUUGUUGGAAGCAUUAAAAGAAACACGGUGCACAAUUCUAACCAAAUUGUUACCUUUAUGGAGCCCAGUUCUCUCAUCCCAUACACAACUAUCGGCCACUUUACAGCAGCGAUUAAAAGCGGUUCGAGACUUUGAACAAGAUUUAGAAGAUCCAGACGUUCAUCAAUCGGAAGCACUAUUGAAAUUCCUUCAAAAAUUACAAUUCAAAAUGGGACAAAUUGAAUUACAAUCGUCAACGGCUACACAAUUUUAUUCAAUUUAAAUUGACAGCAACAUUUUAAAUAUACAAUUAUACGCACACACCAUAA